CGCGCGCAUAGUUUCCGAAAGAUAUUUGACCAGAAAUUAACGCUGCUGAUGCGAGGUCAAAAUUCUCGUCUACCUGAUUCUUUUCAGAUUUCCAGGCAAUUGCCGGGGAAAAUCUGAAAGCAUCCUUACUUAAAUCAGCGUACUUGAUGGUGAAUUUACACCAAACAAUUUUGAUUUUUUGAGCGAAAGGUAAUUUGUGUAGCUGCUUGAUCAGCUUACACUCUCUUGAAGUUUCUAUAUGAAUACCGCGGCGGCGCGCGGAGGCGAUGGCGUUGCCGGCGUCCAGCUCCAGGAGUUCGCCUACUUCGUGGUCAUCGACUUGGAGGCGACGUGCGAGAGGGGGAGGAGGAUAUACCCGCAGGAGAUCAUCGAGUUCGCCUCCGUCGUCGUCGACGGCGCCACCGGCGAGCAGCUGGCGGAGGCGUUCCGGGCGUACGUCCGGCCGUUGCACCACCGGGAGCUCACCGAUUACUGCCGGGAGCUCACCGGCAUCGCGCAGGCCGACGUCGACGCCGGCGUGGACCUCCGCGAGGCGCUGCGCGCGCACGACGCGUGGCUGGACGCGAGGGGCGUCAAGAACGCCGCCGGCGGCGGCGGCGGCGGAGGAGGGUUCGCCGUGGUGACGUGGGGCGACUGGGACUGCCGCACCAUGCUGGAGGGGGAGUGCCGGUUCAAGGGGAUCAUCGGCGACGGCAAGCCGGAGUACUUCGACCGGUGGAUCAACCUCAAGGUCCCCUUCCGGCAGGUGUUCGACCGCGGCGGCGCCCGCCGGAUCGGACUGGAGGAGGCGCUCGCCGUGGCCGGGCUGGCGUUCGAGGGGCGGCCGCACAGCGGCCUCGACGACGCGCGCAACACGGCGCGCCUCCUCGCGCUCCUGAUGCGCCGGCGAGGAGGGGUCAGGCUCGCCAUCACCGGCUCGCUGCCGCCGCCGCCGCGGCCGCCGUCGCAGCUGGUCGCCAUUGGCGCCAGCGCGGCCGCGACGCCGGCGGCCGCCGCGCCGGGAGUCGGCGGCGGUGGCGCGCGCGUGCACUACUGCCAGUGCGGCGUGGCGAGCAGGGUGGGGGUGGCGCGGAGGCCGGGGCCGACGCAGGGGCGGCGCUUCUUCGGGUGCGGCAGGUGGACGCCGGCGAGAGGGGCGGUGUGCUCCUACUUUGUGUGGGAGGACGUUGAUAUGUCUCGAGCAAAUCCACGGCCAUAGCUCAUUUCGUAUUUAAUAAUAAUAAUAAUAAUAAUAAUAAUAAUAAUAAUAAUAAUAAUAAUAAUAAUGUUUUUGUGCUAAUAACUUGGACGAGCUAUCAGCCUAUCACGCUGUGGCUUUGUAACUGUGUCGCAGAUUUACGAAAGUUUUACACUUACCGAAGGCGACUACAGACCUGUGGGUUUGGCAUUGGUCUACUUGAGUUGAGCUAUGAGUGCCCUCAUGAAAAAAAAAUAAAUUACGUCACUUUGAAUUGGGACACUAUCGAAUCACUAGCUCUACAAUGGAGGUCACGAUGUAGUAUUUUGGUAGCUUUUAAAAAAUAAAUUAUACUAUAGUAAGUUAAAAUUAAAUUUAAAAUUUUGACUGCGGAAGGUAGGAGGAAGAGCAACUGAAGGGUUGUCUACAUAAGGGGACAUAAGGAAGAUGGCAAAAUUUGUUACAUGGCAUUUAAAAUAUAUAGUUUUGUUGCCAGACACCCCAAAAACAUGAAUUUGCCCAAUAACACUUUAAAAAUGUGGCAUUUUACCCUAGGACACGUAUGCAUUAAAAUAUAAUAUACAUCUCAUUGAUGAGAG